AUGCCGCAUCCGGGCGCGUUCCGCGGCGGCCCGCUGCCCGGCCACCUUCCCGAGCCGCCGGUCGCGCCGGGGCCCCCUCUCGGCGCCGACGCGCGCGGCGGACGCGGCGGCAGUGGCAGCGGCGGCGGCGGCGGGGCCAAGCGGGAGCGGGAGAAAGAGAGAGAAAAGGACAAGGAGAAGGACAAGGAUAAUGAGGCGAAAGAGAGGGAGGCCAAGGAGUUGAAAGACAAGGAGGAGAACAAGGAGAAGGCGGAGCGGGAGAAGGGCGAGAAGGAGAGGGCGGAGCUGACGAGUGAUCUGACCAAGAUGACAGCAAAGAUGACGUUCCAGGAAGUGCGCAGCAACUUUGACGCGUCGUGCUCUGACCUCAAGUCCUGCAUCAAGAAGCUGGACAAGCUGCUGAGGAAAGUCAGGCGCAAGCGGCACGAGGACAUCGCGCUGCACCCGCCCUGUGCCGAGUUCUCCCGCCGCAUAUUCGACGGCCUGAAGCACGUGCUCGUGCUGUGCGGCACUGGGUGA